CACACACACACACACACACACACACACCCUGCCCAGCAGCAUCUGAAGAGGUGACCUAUGCACACGGUGUAGUUUAAUCCCGGGCCGUCCCGGUCUUCGUGUGGAGCAUGAGCAUGGAAGAUUAUGACUACCUGUUCAAGAUAGUUCUCAUAGGAAAUGCUGGAGUUGGGAAAACAUGUCUCGUCCGGCGCUUUACUCAGGGCCUUUUCCCACCGGGACAAGGAGCUACUAUCGGAGUAGAUUUCAUGAUUAAAACUGUGGAAAUCAAAGGGGAGAAGGUCAAGCUGCAGAUAUGGGACACAGCUGGACAGGAGAGAUUUCGCUCCAUCACUCAGAGUUAUUACCGCAGUGCCAACGCCCUCAUUCUCACGUAUGACAUUACCUGUGAGGACUCCUUCAGGUGCCUUCCGGAGUGGCUGAGGGAGAUCGAGCAGUAUGCCAACAACCAAGUGGUGACUAUAUUAGUCGGUAAUAAGAUAGACCUGGCAGAGAAGCGGGAGGUCCUCAGGCAGAGGGCCGAAGACUUCGCCGACGCUCAGAGCAUGCUGUAUCUGGAGACGUCGGCCAAAGAGUCUGACAAUGUGGAGAAACUUUUCCUUGACCUGGCCUGCGAACUGAUUCGAGAGGCCAAGCAGAACAAGCUGGAUAACAAUGACACUGCCCCGAUGCCUGGCGAGGGUAAAACCAUCAGUUACUUGAGCUGCUGCAGCCUCAAUUAGACAGAGCUUAGCCUUCUGGCCGUGGCCACUCGGUGGCCAUUGACUGUGGAGGGUAGAUGGCUAAGCCCCAACGCCUCCGUCCCGCUAAGAUGGCAGAAAGCCACCUCUUUCUAGUCCCAUGCCUUUUUUUUAAGCUGUACAGGGGAGUUAGUCAACUUUAUUCUGGCCUCCCAGGAUGCUGCCGUAAUGGAGAGCAUUAUCCUCAGUGUAACAGGAUGCAGAGAGUCUCCAGGAAGCUGAGUAGGCCUCAGUCGUAUCUGCAUCUCGAUGAAAACAGCAGGAUUUUUUUCAAGUUUGGGUUUUAGGAUCCAUUUUCAUCGAACGUCAAUAUUCACCAGCAGAAUUACGGGAGCGGGGAAGCUCUGCCAGGUAUUUUGUUACAGAUUCCACUCAGCUCACAGGAAAUGUCACCAUCAUUAGAGGUUACUGGUGAACGGUAACAACAUGUUUACAUUUAGUGGAGAACUCUGAUCAAAUUGCAAAAAAA